AUGUCUGAGAUUGUUCACCCUACCAUCAAAGAUGGCUGGUUCCGAGAGAUUUCGGAAAUGUGGCCCGGCCAAGCCAUGACGCUGAGGGUCGAAAAGGUCCUGCACCACGAAAAGAGCCAGUACCAAGAUGUCCUCAUUUUCAAGUCCACCCACCACGGCACCGUCUUGGUCCUGGACAAUGUGAUUCAGUGCACCGAGCGCGACGAGUUCUCCUACCAGGAGAUGAUUACGCACCUGGCCAUGAACUCCCACCCCAACCCAAAAAAGGUCCUUGUCAUCGGCGGCGGCGACGGGGGUGUCCUCCGCGAGGUCGUCAAGCAUGACUGCGUCGAGGAAGCCAUUCUUUGCGACAUCGACGAGGCCGUGAUCCGCCUGUCCAAGCAGUACUUGCCCAACAUGGCCGAGGGUUUCAGCCACCCCAAGUCCAAGGUUCAUGUUGGCGACGGCUUCAAAUUCCUCGACGACUACAAGAACUGCUUCGACGUCAUCAUCACCGACUCCUCCGAUCCCGAGGGCCCCGCCGAGAGCCUGUUCAAGAAACCGUACUUUCAGCUUCUCCAUGAUGCCUUGCGCGACGGUGGCGUCAUUACUACCCAAGCCGAGAACCAGUGGCUUCACCUGCCCCUCAUCGCCCAGCUCAAGAAGGACUGCAAGGAGAUCUUCCCGGUGGCCGAGUACGCCUACACCAGCAUUCCGACGUAUCCCUCGGGCCAGAUUGGCUUCAUGGUCUGCUGCAAGGAUGCCAGCCGCAACGUUCGCGUUCCUCUGCGCCAGUGGACCCCCGAGGAGGAAGAGGCCAAGUGCCGCUACUACAACGCCGAGAUUCACAAGGCCAGUUUCGUCCUGCCCACCUUUGCCCAGAAGGCUCUCCAAUAG